CUCUGGUAUUUGUAUUUACGUUCUCUGAAAUAAGGAGCAGCAAAAACAAGUGCAAAGACAAGAAAGGAAAUUUUCAAUUAAUUUUUGGUUUUUGAAAAUUUUUGAAUUUUAAUUUUUAUUUUGUUAAUCGUGUACACAAAGCGAAAAAUAUAGAAUUGUGCUAGUGCUUACAUUCCAUACAACCAAUUUGUCUUGUGUAUAAAACAUAUAACUAGAAUAAGAUCACCGCACACUGUAGUUAUAAUAUUGUGAAUAUCUGCCGAAUAUCGAAUUUGUUUACGUAACCUACUCUUCCAAACCAUGAACUUAUCAUCAACUUCCAAUCGUGACAUGUCUCGAGGUGACUCCCAAUCGCCACCACAAACAGCAAGAAGUAAAGGUAGCAAUUCUACGUUUGGCCUUCUUAAUGACACAACACUUGGCAGUAGUAGCAUAUAUGAUAGCGCUUUAGAAAAUCUCACCACUUAUGCUUCAUUCGACGAAAGUGCCAAUAACAAUUCACAACUUAACAUAUCCACCGAUACAACAUUGAAUGGCAGCGAUUCACAUCGUAGUAACAUAUCCACCGGUUCUUGCAGUUCAACUGCUGCUCGUGAUUUGAAUACGAACAUCAGCGCCAGUAUGCUGCUAAUACAAUCAGAAAGCACCGAGACAAAUACAUCGCAAGACGAAGUUGAUCCAAAAUCCCAACUAGCAAAUAAGACAAUAUUUAAAACGGAUAAUCCGAAUUUGUCAAUUAUAGAAAUUAGUAAUAACUCAAUUAAAGAGGAAGAUCAGGAAAAUUCCGUGGUCGUAAUAGGAUCACCAUCUGAUGAUGAAUGCGAUAAUAAGCAAAAGAUGUCACCACUUAGUGAUGCUGCUAUAGCUGCAGCAGCAGCUGAGAAGCGACGGAGGAAGGCCGAAUCUUUGAUAAAAUCCAGUAAGCAAACAUUAAAUUUGGAUAUAGUUGAAGCUUCCGCUAGCGAAGAAAAUACCACUGAAGUAGGCAGAUGUGAAAACAAUGGCAAUAUUGAAAUAGAGGGAAACGAAUUGUUACCAAGCACUAAACGUGAUAUUAAGAUAUACGAAACAAUUGAAGAGUUCGAUAAAAACUUGCCGUCGACAGUAACAGUGCUGGACACGCCAUUUGGCAGCAAGGUAUAUUUGGUGGGCACUGCACACUUCAGCGAGGAGUCGCAGGAUGAUGUUUCAUAUGUUAUACGCAAUGUCCGUCCAGAUGUGGUAAUGGUAGAACUAUGUCCAUCCCGUGUACAUAUACUGAAACUAGACGAAAAAACGCUGCUAGAAGAAGCUAAAAACUUUAAUUUCGCUAAGAUACGGAGUAUAAUUCAGACGCACGGCUACAUUAAUGGAAUUUUCUUUAUUUUACUACUACAAAUGAGCGCACAAAUUGCCAAAGACUUGGGCAUGGCGCCGGGUGGUGAAUUUCGUCGCGCUUUCGAAGAAAUUCACAGACUACCCGGCUGUAUGCUACAUCUCGGUGACAGACCGAUACGCAUUACAUUACACCGAGCAUUACAUGCGCUCUCAUUUUUCCAAACUCUAAAGCUGGUAUUUCGCCUAUGCUGCACCGACACCAUAAGCAUAGAAGAAGUGGAAGAAUGUAAGCAGCGCGACUUGCUUGAAAAAUUAAUGCAGGAAAUGGCCGGUGAAUUUCCAGCAUUUUCUGAUGUUUUUGUUAAGGAGCGCGACCUUUACCUUUGUCAUUCCUUGCAGUUGGCUGCAUUACCACAAGCAUCUAACGAUGGUUCAGGUAUACCGCGGCCAGUGCGUGUCGUUGGUGUUGUAGGAAUUGGUCAUGCUAAAGGUAUUGCUGAAAAGUGGGGACGUGUAGAUCCCCAGAUGAUACCGAAAAUUAUGGAAAUUCCUCGAACUCGUAUAGGUUUCCGAAUUUUCAGGUCAACAGUAAGAUAUGGUACUGCCGGCCUGAUAUUAUUUUACCUAUACAAAAACUUCCGGCCACGAAUACCGCGCUUCUUUUAAUUGAUUUUCACUUAUGCUGUAAACUAUGUAAACAUGUAUAAAGGAGCGAUCAUAUUAUUUUCCUCCCCAUUAUGAAAAUCGUUAUCCAUUUAUAUUAACAAAGCGUGCAAACAUGAAACAAACAUUUUUGUAUACACGUGUAGUUGUUUUAAUGUGCAUCAUAUCAAAUUUUAAAGUAGUUAAUUUUUCAGCAUAAUUGUGUGCUUGAGUGUCUGUAAUCAAUGAGAAAAUCGUUGAAUAAAGCGUUUAUUGUGUACUCACCUUAGAUUGACUGUCUAUAUUUAUGUGUUCGUGUGCAUCACUAUUAUAUACUUCUGUACGUAUAUUAAACAAUCGUAUGUGUAUUACAUUAAAUCGCACAAUACUUUAUGUAGAAAUAGAAGAAGAAGAAGAGGAAGUAGAGGAUUUUUCAAUACAGCAAACUAAAAAUUCAAUGAAAACUCUAGCAACUUUUCUCAACAAGAGCCUUUGUAAAUAAAAUUAAAAAUAUGUGCAGGUAUGAAAAACUAUAGAGAAUUAAUUAAUGGUAAAAAAAGCAAAAUGUUGAUUAGCUAACAAAACAAUAAUACCUUGGAAAGACUAGAUUACAGUUUAAAAAAUCGGAUAUCUUACGUCGUUAGUACAUUCCCAGCAGUAAAUAAAGUCGCCAUCGUUCUUUUAAUGUAAACCCACCACAAAAACGAUGAAAUCAAUGUAGAGUUAUAGACAUUAUAAUACAAAAAAAAAGAUAUAAUUUUAAUCGUUAAGUGAAAUGUGCACAUAGAUAUAUGCCUGUGUAUGUAUUGUAAAAAUGUCUAAAUACAAAAUGGUUUAGC